UUAAUUAAUUAUAUGAAGAGUGCCUUGGUCCUCCUUUCUUUUUGACAACUGGUCUAGACUUUACUGCAUCCCAAAGAUGCAGAAUAAAACAUGUAAUAGUGACAUGAGAAAUAUUAUAGACAAGAAUGGAGGUGAAUGCAGGGAUUACCAGAUCAAUGUGCAGAGGUAUUUUAGGUAGAUGUGUUAUGGCUUGGGGGUUAUAUCUGUUCUACAAAAUAUAUGUAUAUCUGAACGCUCUGCAAUGCUUCACCCCCCUUAACAGACCCUGGGGGUGGUCCCAAAUGGCAGCCUAUUCCCAAUGUAGUGCACUACUGUUGACCAGGGCCCAUACCUAUUCCCUAUAUAAUGCACUAUAUAGGGAAUACCAGAAUAGGGUGCCAUUUGGGAUGUGGUGAUGGUGUAAUGGGAGCGGUUUUCCCUGGGUCUUUCCAGUCGACAUGUGCCUGGGCAGCAGCAGGUUGGGAGAGGCAGCAACAACACACACAACAUCAGUAACCCACGCCUGAGAGAGGAAGAACACACUACAGAGAAGAGAGGGACUGCUCACAGAAACAAGUACAGUGACCAGAAGAGCAGCAGGAGGAUGUCCUGUCUGGAUGAGGUUCCUUUUAAGACCCUUCUGGGAUCUCUGGAGGGGCCCAGGGAAGAGGUGGAGCUGAUCACUGCCCCAGACAUCACUGUCCCAGACUAUCUCACCAUACUGCAGGAGACAGAGUACAUGUUCAGCUUGGAGAACUGGGUGCUUCAGGGCCUCCAAGGAGGUUACCCCAGCCAGCCCCAACCCCCCGGCCCCAGAUCCCCAUCCGAGGUGCUCCCCUCCAGCCCACCCUACUGGCACCUCUUCAGCAGCCCCCAGGAGAGCCGCCUGGCCAGCCGACACAGCUCUGACUUCUGGGAGCCCAACCCCCGCCAGCGCUCCCACAGCCUGAACCCGGUUGACAUGCGCACCCGGGUCAAGUUCGUCAUCUCCGACUCCGAGGAGGAAGAGGAGUGCUCUUCGUCGGGAGAGGGUUCCUCGGAGUCUGGUUCAGGGUACAGGUCGGAUCAGCGUGUUCCUGGGAUGAGGAACCCACGGCAGACCUGCACCUCUAACGUCCUGAACCUACCUGUCUCUCAGAGUGGUCUGGUGACCUACCAGCGGAGGAAGAACCUCCGCCAGCACUCGCUGUCUGUUCUGGAGACCUCCAGAGAGUGUAUCCAGGGGACCCCCUGCCCCCCAGGAGGACCCAAGCCACCGUCCCCCUCAUCCCUACCCAGACACCCAUUGACCAGGGCCAACACAGAGAAUGUCCCCUCCAUCAGACACCACAAGCCAACACAUCCGUCCCUGAGUCCGUACUUCUGCCUGCCGGCCCUUCCCUCGGUGGCCUCACGACCCCUGGGUUCCCACGUUGCGUCAGUGCUGGACUCCUCGGUGGAGCUGCUGUCUGCGCUGAGCCCCGAGGAGAGAGAGCUGCUGCAAGCCAUCACUGAAAGGGGCUAUCCGCUCCGCACCGCCAUCAUGGCCCUGCAGAAGACCGGCCAGCAGAGCCCAGAACAGAUCCUGCGCUAUCUGGUGGCCUGUGACAGACUGUGUGAGCGGGGCUACGACGAGGCUCAGGUGGAGGAGGCUCUGGAGAUGUUCCACAACUGUGAGACUAAGGCUGAGGAGUUUCUUCACCUGCUGGCUCAGUUCAAUGAGAUGGGCUUCCAGCAGAACGCUAUCAAAGAGGUUCUGUUAGUCCACGAGAACCACCGCGAGAGGGCCCUGGAAGAGCUGAUGAUGCGUGUGGCAUGACAGGGUCAAUGUCUGCUCCCACAAAAAAUACAUUGUAGGAGACAUACAUGCACCAACACAAACACAGUUCCUGUUUACUACAAACAAUUAUGUUAGCUAAUGUAUCAUAUUAAAGGGAUAGUUCACUCAAACUAUAUUUUACUAUUUGGUUCAUUAGUCCACUGUUAAUACAAUCCCCCAAAAAUGUGUAUGUCACCAGUCAAGUCUUCAAGAUUGGGCACUUUCAGUCCAGAGCAAAAGCGAUGAUGAGUUUUCAGUGAACUAUCCUUUUUAAUGAUAUGUCAUUUGUAAAUUGCAAUUUGCAUGUUGAAACAACGUUGAUUGACUGGAGCACACUAAAACUAUACAUUCUAGCAAAUCAGGAAAUGAACAGUGGCCUUCUAGGAAAAGUACAACUUAAACAAUACAAUUUACAGACAAUCGAUUUAUUACAUUUCAGGUUUUGACAAUGUUUGAUGUGAUUUGCCCAUUGUCAAUUUUCUUUGUCAAUUUCAAGUGUCACAGCAUUUGUCAUGUAGUAUUUUUAACUUAAGUUCGAUCUGUAAUCAAAUUUUAUAAAAUUCAGUAGGCUAUAGUUACAUGCCAAAUGGCACCCUAUUCCCUUUAUAGUGCACUACUCUUCACCAGGGCCCAUAGGCUCUGUUUAAACGUAGUACACUAUAUAGGGAAUAGGGUGCCAUUUGGGAUGCAACCUGUGUUACUGGUAAGUCAUUAUCUGUAUUUGUAGGGUGUGUGUACGGGGUAAAAAAUCGAAACCUGAAAGAAGCUUGUAAAUCUUUUUCUAUAUCGCAGGUUGUCUGAAAUGACCCACUUGAAGUUGUACAUACUGUAACUUGCACUUUAAAAUUAAAUAAUUUUUUUGUAUUCA